GCAGCAGCCAAUGAAAUACCGCCAAAUAGUUGGAGAGAGACUAUCAAGUAGUACGUCGUAUUUGGUGUAUAAAUUUACGAGUGAGCUUGACAGUUCUGGUAUUUCAUCGAUACUGUGAUUUGACAUGAAAACUGGUAUCAAUAGCGAGUUCCCAUAAGGAAGAAAAUUUCAUCUUUUGUGGUUGUCAAAAUUAAUGAAGUAAAAUGGAGCCUUGUAAUUAAAAAAAGAAAGGGGUUUAACAGUAUGAUAGUGAUGAGAGUAAAAAAAGAUUUUAAUUGCAUGCUAGUCUUAUGGACAUAAUAGUCUAAUAAGAGUUGAAAAUAUUGUCAGUUAACUCCAAGAACAGUUAUUAUCUUUUUGAGUAGGCAAAAUAAAUGGACUGAGUGAAAAUGGAGAGUUAUAAAAAUAUGAAGGUGGCUCUACCAGAUAACUUCAGCUGUCGGAGCAGUUGAACGGCGAUGGACAUGCUUGAUAUGCCAGUCACAUUGAUAGUUAAAGCACCCAAUCAGCAGAUAGAAGAUCAGACAAUAAAGUGCGAACCAACUUGGACAAUAAAACGAUUGAAAGGCUAUCUUUCAGAAGUUUACCCUAGUAAACCACGAACUGAAGACCAGAAACUAAUCUAUUCGGGCCAGCUGCUGUCUGAUAGUGUUGUCUUGAGGGACAUCCUUAGAUGGUAUGAGGGACAAGAAGCUCAUACAGUUCACUUAGUGUGUACCCCAUCAAAAGAACAGAAUAGUAAAACACAAUCUAAAAUGAGUGAUUGUGGUAGUAAACAAGCAACUGUUCCUAGUUCAGGUUCUGAAGAUGUGAGAACCAGUGCGAGCAGUACCAUGGUAGAACCAGAUGGCUUAAGGCAGAGAUCAGUUGGAUCCGCGUCUAACACUUCGUUGCCUCAAGCUGCUACCUCUUCAAGCAACUCAGGUCUAGCAGCGCAUGACAGGGGUCAUGUUCAAAUUCCAACACCGGAUCCACGUGCUGCUUGGGCUGCUGCCAUGGCACAACCUUAUGUCAGUACAGCUCCAUUCAGUGCAACAGGUGGUGCACUUGACCCUAAUAAUAUGGUUCAACAGAUGGCUUGGGUACAGCAGGCAUAUGCGUACUACAUGACUCAGUACAUGCAGAUGCUGGCGUCUGGUCCUGCUGUACAGAAUAAUUAUGGACAGGCUCCUAACGGAAUACAGACUGACGCUUACACACAACCUGUUGCGGAAGAGCCAGCAGCAGCAGCAGCAGCAGUGCCCAAUAACCAACAGGAGCAAGCCAUCGACGGUAACCUGAUAGGUGGUGAUGAUGAUGACAGAGCAAACAGAGACUGGUUAUAUUGGAUAUAUUUCUUGAGUAGAGUGAUGGUCCUCUUUAGCAUAGUUUAUUUCUAUUCCUCGCCCACUAGAUUCAUCAUAGUGUCUGCAUUGGGAAUAAUAAUGUACCUCUACCAGAUUGGAUUCUUUCGUGUACAAGCUCCUGCAGCGAUACCACAGCCAGCGCCACCACCAGCACCCGUACCUGAGAAUAACAAUGUAGUGCACGCAGGUCGUGAUAUAGUGAGGCAUGGGAAUGUCCACCAGUUUGGAGAAGAAGCUGCAGCCCCUGCUCCUCAAAGGGAUGGGGAUAGCGACACAGACGAGCGUGCUGUUCAAGAACCCGAGAGGCCGUCUCUCCUUGCCAUCACAUGGACAUUCUUCUCAAGCUUCUUUGCCUCCCUUAUACCUGAACAGCCUGGACCUCUGUGAGGCAGUCCUAAUCAGAUCCUUUCUGCGGUGACCUGACCUAACCCGGUGUACUAUUGUGCAUAUAGAAUGAUUCUAUAUGAUAAAAACUUUAAUUAUUAAGGAGUCGGUGUGACUUCGUGGCUUGAAAAGAUAAGAAUUACACAUGAAUACUGGCUUCAUAUUUGUGUGUAUGUGGGCAGUCACUUUAGACAUGUUCCACUGUAUCUUGAUCUGUGAUUGUAGAAUGUCUACUGAUAGAACCCCAGGGGAUGGCUUUAAAUCCCACGUUGAAAUGAUGCAGGAAAUCACAGUGAAAUUGUGUACAAAUGAAAUUUAUGCAUGGCGUACAUACCUAGGAAAUUUGUAAUACAUAGAUAUGCAAGAAAGGUAAUGGUGAUCUAUUACGGUGAAACUGCAAUGUCUUAAAUUCAUUGCAAUUUCAAAUAGCCAUGCCUUUAAUGGGGAUUUUACACCUUUCCUUGGCUUACACUGUGAAAGAUAGUAUGCGGUUUGAAGAAGAUCUAAUUGUGAUUAUACCACUCAACCAAAGAGUAUUUUAUAUGUGUGAUACUUUGCUUCAUGCAUGUGGUAGAAAGACGAACUUUAGUCAUUCAUUUUUAUGAUACAUACCUGGUAUAAUAAACUGUAAGCUACUAGCUCUUAAAUGGAGAUUUACGUUGUCCAGUCUGUCAUUGCAUUUAAUAACAGUGCUUCUGACAAUAUCUGCCACAGUAUCCUUAAUCCAUUUGAAAUUUCUGUUCCUUUAGCGACUUGUGUUGAGAAACCAACAGAUUUAAAACCCAAUGUAUGAAUAUGCAUACAUGCAACAAUUUUUUUUCUCCUAACAAGAUGUAGGGCUGUUGAAAUUGUGCCAGGAUACAUCUUUGUACGUACAUACAUACAUAGUGACGUAAAUAGGUUUAUCAGGCCUUUAAAUGUUGAUAUUUGUACAACAUAUACAUUGUUUAUAAAUAUAUACUUAUCUUAUUAUUGAAA